AUGGCUCAACCCAUAGAUGCUCAUAAAAGCUCACCAGGCUCCAAGGGUUCAGGAACACAAACAACCUCCCCACUAUCUCAACAUUUCAAAGGCGAAGUUUCGAGUCGGUCAUCUAAUUCUUCACCAAUUCUUCAAAAGAACCAUGAUCACGACGACCAUGGAAACCACCAUAUCAAGAAAUCGGUGUUCAUGAGGGUGAAAGAGAAGGCUAGGAAGUUGAAGAAAUCGAUUAGCGGAAGGAAACGUAGAGAUGAAAACGAGUCACGCAGCCCUUACGCUACUCCUCCAGGGAGUGCUCGUCCCGUGGACUACGAGAAAGACGGACCCGAGUUUUUUAGUUCCCCGUUGUACGAACCCACGGUCGAACCAGAAAUUGACAAACACGCAUCAAAAGACAAUCCGCGAGAAACCAACAAAGGGUCUUCUGAGAAGCACAAAAACACAAGCAACGUUGACCGCGGUUCCACUGAUAGCAUUGAUUCCAAACUCUCUGGCCUCACCGUCUCCGGUGACCGUAAUGCUAACAAACCCGAACCAAAAGAGAACACUACGAGCAGCCUGCAACCACAGGAUAAAGGUGUUUCGGUGAAGGAGUACUUGAUGCAUAAAUUAGAACCCGGAGAAGAUGAACGAGCUCUUUCACAAGCAAUCACGCAAACCAUAAGUCCUCGGCGCGACAAGAUGAAAGAGGCUAUGAACACGCUUUUAGGGACCGAAGAACCUUCUCAAUCGACAACAAAAUGCGGGUGA